CUCCUCACAGCGACUUGGUCUCGUGCAUUUGAAUCGCUGUCGCUCAAAUAUUAAAAUCACUCCAAGAUGGCGGAUCGGUACUCGUUCUCGCUCACCACUUUCUCCCCCAGUGGCAAACUGGUUCAAAUUGAAUAUGCCUUGAAUGCCGUCAACCAAGGUGUCACCUCUUUAGGAAUCAAAGCUACCAAUGGAAUCGUGCUCGCCACCGAGAAGAAGUCUUCAUCACCGCUCAUCGACUCCCAGUCUUCAUCCAAAGUGAGCCUCAUAACACCCAAUAUUGGCAUGGUUUACUCGGGAAUGGGACCGGACUAUCGAGUUCUCGUCGACAAGGCACGAAAGGUGUCACAUACUGGCUACAAACGCAUCUACAACGAAUACCCACCCACGAGGAUAUUGGUACAGGACGUUGCCAGAGUCAUGCAGGAGGCUACGCAGUCCGGUGGUGUCCGACCGUACGGUGUUAGCUUGCUUAUUGCUGGAUGGGAUGAUGGCAUUGAGCCCGAGAAGGAGGAGAAGGACGAGGAGAUGACAGACCCUGAGAAGAAGAAGGUUAGUGGCAAGACUGGUGGCAUCCUCAAAGGUGGCCCAAGUCUGUAUCAAGUCGACCCCAGUGGUAGCUACUUUCCCUGGAAGGCCACCGCUAUCGGCAAGAGUGCAACUAGCGCAAAGACGUUCCUCGAGAAGAGGUACACCGAAGGCUUAGAACUCGAAGAUGCGAUCCACAUCGCCCUCCUCACCUUGAAAGAGACGAUAGAAGGAGAGAUGAACGGUGAGACAGUGGAGAUUGGCAUUGUUGGUCCUCCCGAGGAGAGGCUGUUGGGGAUUGAAGGUGUCGAAGGCGCAGUGGGCCCGCGAUUCAGAAAGCUCAGCUCCCAAGAGGUCGAGGACUACCUGACGAAUUUGUGAGCUACGGGUUGACGCACUAUCAUGAGGAGUUGGUGACUUCAUAGAGAGGCUAUCAGCGCUUACGCUGCAUUGCCCUAAGAGCAUAUGACCAAACACACAUCAUGCAGGCCCUUCAGCUGCUCCUAGACGAUCAUAUGUAUGAAUUAUGUUAUGAUCAUGACUACGAUCUUCAUCUGAUAAUUUGACCAUGUCUGAAUACUCGAUAUAUGGAGAUUUGAAGCUAUUGUUUAC